CCCCCAUUUGUCACGCCACGCCUGCUCCACUUAAACAAAAGGAAAGGUAAAAUUGAAAUUCUGCAUCCCUUAGAAAUCAAAUGGUUGGAGUAAGAGAAGAGCAAAGACUCCCAUGAAAAAGCUAAUCCACUAAGCCAUUUUUUAUGAUGAUUUUUCUAUCCUCUUUCAGACAAAUAUUCCACGUCUUAACACACUAAACUAAACUAUCAUUCCUUAAGUUUAAUACUACUACUCUAUCGUCUAUAUACUACCUAGUCCACGCCAAAACUCUCCCAUGUUUUAUUAUCAGUCAAUCCAUCAUCCUUAACCAUUUGUUUAUUAAAAUUUGAAAAGGCCAGAAUGAAAACGAUUCACUAACGUUAAGCUAGUACAGGAUAUCCCUCUCUUUAGUCCAUACUAUUCUUAUAAUCCAUCCAAUCCCAAAAGAAAAAGAAACCAUUUUUAUUUUUACUCAGAUUCUUCUCUCUUUCUGUCUUUUAAUUCUUUCUUUCUCCUCCAAACCCCACCCGGCCCUUUUGUUGCCUUGUCCCUCCUCCUCCUCUUUUCCUAUUAUACUAACAUUGUAUGUGCUUUGGCUAAAAUCCAACUUGAAGAUCCUCCCUUUUUUCCAUUUUUCUUGCUUCCUUACUCCAUUAAUAUACGAAACAACUCCAAUAUAUAUAUUUUCAUAUUUUUUCUACCCCUACCCACAAAGGAAUCACAUCAGAAUCCAAGUUAAAGGAGGGAGGAGGAUUUUAAAGGGGGGGUUUUUUCAUAUAUGUGGGCUCUCAUAACUGAUUAAAUGGAUACUUUGUUUAGACUCGUCAGUCUCCAACAACACCACCAACACCAACAACAAUCGGAUCAGUCCUACAACUCCAGCAGAACUUCAAGCAGCUCCAGAUCUUCCAGACACAAUUACCAAAGCAGCUCUGACCUCAAUUACCACCAUCAUCAUCACCAUCAUCAUCCUGCAAGCCAAGAAGACGAAGAAUGCUUCAACUUUUUCAUGGAUGAAGAAGACUUCUCUUCUUCUUCUUCCAGGCCACACUAUACUAAUAACCCUUCUCCUUAUCAUCAACAACAACAAUCUCAUUUUCAUCAUCAUCAGCAGACCAACACAUCAAACACUCCUACUCCCACCCAUACUCCUCCUCCGCCACCUCAUCAUCACUCCAUCGGCGGCGGCUAUGAAUCCGUGGAUUUCAACUACUCGCCGGCACGUGACAUAAGCCAGGAAUUCGCGCCGUCGUUUUCGGGGAAAUGGGCUUCGGAUAUUCUCCUGGAAGCCGCCAGAGCCAUCUCGGAUAAGAACAGCUCUCGGGUCCAACAGCUUAUGUGGAUGCUCAACGAACUCAGCUCCCCAUACGGCGAUAUCGAUCAAAAGCUGGCUUCUUAUUUCCUACAGGGUUUAUUCAGCCGGAUGACCGAUUCCGGGGAACGAUGCUACCGGAGUUUAGUCUCCGCCUCGGAGAAAACGUGCUCGUUCGAGUCAACGAGAAAAAUGCUGCUCAAAUUCCAGGAAGUCAGCCCUUGGACCACCUUCGGUCACGUUGCUUGUAACGGGGCUAUAAUGGAAGCCGUGGAAGGAGAAUCCAAGAUUCACAUUAUUGACAUCAGCAACACGUUUUGCACCCAAUGGCCGACUUUGUUGGAAGCCUUAGCCACCCGGAUGGACGAAACCCCUCAUCUCCGCCUCACCACGGUGGUCGUCAGCAAACCGGGUUCCGACGAGGGGCUCGCGGCGGUUCAGCGGGUGAUGAAAGAGAUCGGGACCCGGAUGGAGAAAUUCGCCCGGCUUAUGGGUGUCCCGUUUAAAUUCAACGUUGUACAUCACUCGGGGGACUUGUCGGAAUUGAAUUUGGGGGAAUUGGAGAUUAAGGAGGAGGAGGCACUCGCGAUUAACUGCGUGGGCGCACUGCAUUCGGUUUCUACUUUGGGUAACCGUAGGGAGUUUCUGGUUUCUAAUUUUAGAAGGUUGCAGCCUAGGAUCGUGACCGUUGUGGAGGAGGAAGCGGAUCUCGAUGCCGUCGGGAUCGACGGCUUUGAUUUCGUCAGGAGUUUCCAGGAAUGCUUGAGGUGGUUUAGGGUUUAUUUCGAGUCGUUGGAUGAUAGUUUCCCCAAGACGAGUAACGAGCGAUUGAUGUUGGAACGCCAGGCCGGUCAUGCCAUCGUUGACCUCGUCGCCUGCCCCCCCGGGUCGUCGAUCGAGCGGCGCGAGACCGCCACGCGCUGGUCGCACCGGCUGCAUGCCGCCGGAUUCGGACCCGUUCCGUUCAGCGACGAGGUGUGUGACGAUGUACGCGCGCUUUUGAGGCGGUAUAAAGAAGGUUGGUCAAUGGCACAGUGCCCGGACAACUCCGCCGGAAUUUUCUUGUCGUGGAAGGAUCAGCCGGUGGUUUGGGCUAGUGCAUGGCGGGCGUGAUCGAUAAUUAUGUUUUUUUUUCUUUCUUGCUUGCUUUAACAAAAAAGAAAAAAAGAAAAGGAAAAAAAAGAAAAAUUGGCGGGUGCAUGAGUUGCACGUGCAUAUCAUCAUGAAAUAGACUCUCAUGAAUUUGUUUGUUUUGGUACAGCGAAAAAAAGAAAAGAGAGAAGGCACCAAAGGCUCUAGCUGUUUUUGUUUAUGGAUAUGGAGCGGAAGGAAGUAACUAAUUAACUUCAUCGUGUUAAUUAGGAGAAUUUGUGGAUUUUUUUAAUGGGUCCUUUUUGGUUGUUUCUGAAGAAUUCUCAUUGGUAUUUAAUUAAUUUUGAUUGUUUUAAAGGUUUAUAGUUUAAUCAUUACAUCGGUGAAAUGCAAAUUAAGUAGUUCGUUGAUGGAGGAUUAAUACUAAUCUCCAGAAGUUCUGCAAUGGUCACAUCACAGAUGAUGAAUCUAACUAUCAGUUUCAGGCAGUGCAGCAUUGUUAGUGUGUGUAAUCCAUUGUCUUUAUGGGUAACGCAACGUAGUUUUAGGACAGAUUGCUCUAACUUUAUUGAUUGAUCCGGCUUCAUACAUAUCAUCUCUUGGAAUAAAUUAUUUUCUAGUGUUUGGACUAAUACCUAAAAAGAAAAAACAAAAGAAAAGGGAUUGUCAAUGUCAUGAGAAUUAUUAAUAAACACGAUGACUUGGUUGUUCAUACAUGCUUGUCAUGACAUGUAAUCAACCGGUGUGUGGUGAUAUCAUUUGAAAAUUAAGGGGCCGAGAAUUUCAAAACGUUUUACUCUAGAUGUUAUGGAGUUGGUAUUAUUAGGUUCAUGAUAUCAUCUCUGAGGUGUAUGUAUAUAGAUAUAGAUGGUAUAUAAAAGAAAUUGUUGGAAAAUUUUCAAUGUUCAAACUUCAAACCAAGUUUCGUCAUGUGUUGGGACCAUAGAAUCUAAGGACGGCCAAUUUGAUGAUAUAUGUAUAUUGCUUGGGAAAUUACCAAUUCGGUGGCCAUACCUUUGUAAAUUGUAGUAAUACGUACUGAUAGUAGUACUGUUUUUUAUCUGUCAAAUUUUUUUUUUUUCUAUGAAACGAAAUUGUCCAUCGUUUUCAGAAGGGGAUCAGGCUGUUUUUUUUGGGCAUGAAUAUGGGGCAAAAAUGGCGAUGGCCCCCACCACCCACCACCACCAUGAUCGACCAGCGGCACCACCACCUCCACAAUCUGGCAGGCAGUGAUGCCACCAAGCACAAGAAGCACAAUUCACUUUCAUCCUCUUCUCUGUUC